GUUCAGGUGACGGUGGACGGCCGGAUCAUCAGCCUGAACCUGUGGGACACGGCGGGUCAGGAGGAGUACGACCGGCUGAGGACGCUGUCCUACCCGCAGACCAACGUCUUCGUCAUCUGCUUCUCCAUCUCAAGCCCCGCCUCCUACGAGAACGUCAAACACAAGUGGCACCCAGAGGUGUUCCACCACUGUCCCGGCGUUCCCAUCCUCCUGGUCGGCACGAAGAGCGACCUCCGGAGCGACGGCGAGACUCAGAGGAAGCUGAAGGAGCAGAACCAGACGCCCGUCACCCACCAGCAGGGCGUCGCUCUCGCCCGCCAGAUCCAAGCCGUGCGCUACCUGGAGUGCUCGGCCCUCAACCAGGACGGCAUAAAGGACGUGUUCAUCGAAGCCGUGAGGGCCUUCCUCAACCCGCAGCCCACCGUCAGCAAGAGGCCCUGCGUCCUGCUGUAGGACUGCCGAGAGACUGGUCGGAGAAUUCUCGUUAAACAUGCGUCUUUUUUUUUUUUUUUUAAUGUUUGGUUAGAUUUUUAUCUUGUAAUUAAAAGAUGGAAGAUUUGAAUCGAGGAGGAGCUGAAAACUUGUCAACUGUUCAUCUUACAGGAAGUCCGCAACAGGAUGAGCAGGAUGCCUUCGUGACUGCAGGUCUGACUUCAGAUCAAUGAUUUGCAGAUAAUCUUUCCAACUUCCCAAACCUGCACGGAAAUUAAAUUAAAACCAGAAACAGCCUCUGCUAAACAAAGUCUUCGCCGUGAAAGGUCGUACCUGAACACUGAGAUGGUUUUUCUUCCAAGUUCAAGUUCAGUUCGCCGUCAGAUUUUACAAAGAUUUCUGCAGAUUGAAGUGCUGAUUUGUUGCUCUUCCCACUUUUCUUCUUAUCGCUGAAACACCACAUCGUUCCAUCUCAAACCAUCGCUUUUUGUUUCAAUCAUUUCCUGACUCACCUGAAAUUUUUAUAGAACUAAAAUAUUUCUAAAGAUAGCUGUAAAAUUUUACGCCGAUUUCUUUUUUUAAAUUUACAGUCAACCCACAUUCAGCCGUUUUUAUUU